AUGGCCUCUCCAAUUAGUUUCCUAUCAAUCUUGAUAAUCCCUCUACUAGUCACCUCUCUUUUCUACGAUGUUUCUAAUGCAGAUCGAGCCCUUGUUGAAAAGGUUUGCACACAGUCGAGUGACUAUCAGUACUGCCUGUCAGUUUUACUCUCAGACCCAGAGGGUCUUACAAAUAUUCUAUAUAGGCUAGGACUCGUUUCUACUUCUGUAAGCUUGAAGAUAAUUCCAACUAUCGACGAUGAUAUUGCAAAUUACCUUGAUACAGUCACAGACACAGGGAUGAAGGCACGAAUUACGGGUUGCCGAACCGAUAUAUCUGGUAUAUUAGAAGAUAUUAAACAAGCAAGAAUUGAUGCAGGUACACAAGCCUACAUUGACGAGUAUAACAUACUUGUGUCUGCACAAAAUAAAAUUGCAGGAUGUAAUACACGAUUUGUGGCCCCCCCAACUGUGACAUCACCAAUAAAAAGUAGCACUUCCAAAAUAGAGAAGCUAAUCAAUAUUUCUCUGGUUAUAGCUAGGAUGUUAAAGUAA